AGGCUUACGGAGCAGCUUCGUUCAGUGGAUAAGCUGCAAAGUCAGCUGGCUGUGGAACGGAGCGGCAGGCUGUCGGCGGAGCAACGGAUGGAGGCGAUGAAGGCGCAGUGCAUCAGGCUGGCGGGGGAGCUGAAGGCAUCCAAGGCGGCGGUUGCGCAGCUAGCGGAGGCACGGGCGGCGGCGGAGGCACGGGUGGCGGCGGAGGCACGGGUGGCGGCGGAGGCACGGGUGGCGGCGGAGGCACGGGUGGCGGCGGAGGCACGGGCGGCGGCAGAGGCAAGGGUGGCGGUGGAGGCACGGGUGGCGGCGGAGGCACAGUACAGCGGUUCCUUCUUUUGCAACGUUCCGCUUCCAGCAAAGGCGGCAGCUAUGCCAGCGGGAGAGCCGGCGGAACCAGCAGCCAAGACAGCCGCAGCCGUCACCGUAGCGUCACAUGCAGGCGUGGUGGCGGGUGCAGUCGUGGACCCCAGGCCUGACCUACCGGUGGCGGAAUCGCCGCCGUCAGCGACAGAGCAGGAGGCAGCCGGCACCGCAGCGGCUGCUGCUCCUGCAGCACUGGUGGAGGCACAGCACGUUGCACGGGCGCCAGCUGGCGCCUUCGCUGCUCCUGUUACCGAGGCGGGAAGCCGCAAGCGUCAGGCGGAGGCGGGCGCGGGUGGGGAGGCACCGGCUGGCGCGGAGGGCGAGCCAGCAGCAGCAGCCGCAGCAGUUGCGGCUACGGGCCCUUGCACGCAAGCGCCCAAACGUGCGAAACAGGAGUCGCAGGAAGCGGUGGAGCAGCAGGCGGUGGACGUGGACGACGUGGAUGGCGGGGCCGAGGGUGUGGAGGAGAAGGAGGCUGGGACAUCGGCGGGCCAGGUGGGGACGAAGAGACGAGCGAGCGAGGACGGGCAAGCUCAGGAGGCGGCGGUAAGAAAGGUGAACGAGGCGCAGGAGCAGGAGGAUGAUGAUAUGGAUGGGCGCUUCGAGCUGGAUUUCUUUUUGCCGCCAUCCGCCGUGUUUACGGCCAGGGAAGGGGAAGGGGAAGAGGAAGAUUGUGGUAAACGCAGGACGUAGGACGAUGCCUGCAGUCGGGAGCUAUGUGUUUGGUGCCCCAUGCGCAGCUCCUGGCGCAAGGACUCCCAGUUCAACUUACAGGUGUGUUGUUGAGUAGAACAAGAGCAAGCAAAUGUGUGUUUGGACAGUGUAUGUCGCCACCUUAAGCGUGCGGCUCCAGGUCCCUUAGGCCGCCACCAUUGAACUGCAGCCUGUGGGGCACCGGUGGUUGUAUGCGCUUCCUCCCUACGCUACCAGGACUGACCGUUUGUAUAGGGAUUGUACAGGAAUGAGUCUACUAAAGGCACCAGGGCGCCAAGCCCGCCUAUGUGCAGGUGAUGAUUCAAGCGGAAAUUAGCCCAUGGCCAGCUACCCUAGGGUACCGUAGUAAACUAACGACGAACUAACACUUACAACUUUAGACAACCUUUGUUGAUGGACGGCCGGGUGUCCCACCCCCUCCGGGGCAAUACCAAGCCAUAGCUCACCAGCUCGAACCAGCCAUUACUAGGCUGGUUGCGCUGGCGUUAAGAAUAGGUUGUAUAGCUUAUUGAAAUCGACCCAUGGGUCAUCGACCAGUUCGUGACGACGGCUGUCCUCCUCCUUAGGGGUGAUCUUCAUAGCUCGUGAG